AUGCUAUAGAGUAAAGGAGGACUUGACUUGACUUGACUUGGGUUCUCUGUAUUUCUGGGUUUCGUCAAUUAAAUUAUGAAUCAAAUUAUUACGAUCGGUCUCUGAUGUAAGGAGUUUCAGUUCGAGAUUGGAGGAGUUCCAUCUUUGAUUUAUUCCACUGAAUUCAAAAAGCUUGACUUGUACUGGGUUGAAUUGUACCCAUCUCAAUAUAUUUACCUGGAACAAGAGUCGGUUUACUUUUUUGGCGAAUCAUGUCCCAACAGAAAGGGGAUGACACCAAAUACAUGGCAGAUGAACAUGAAAUGGAAGACGUAGAUGAUGAUAUAGUUGAAGAAUUCCGUGGCGCAGAUUCUAAUGUGGAUGAAGAUGACCACUUGAAUGACAAAAUGGCAGAUACUACUGCUGCUCAAGCUAGGAAAGGCAGAGAUAUCCAAGGAAUUCCCUGGGAAAGGCUUAGCAUCACCAGGGAGAAGUAUAGGCAAACUAGGCUAGAACAGUACAAAAACUAUGAAAACAUCCCUCAAUCUGGAGAGGCGUCAGAGAAGGAAUGCAAGACCACAAGGAAAGGGGGCAUGUAUUAUGAGUUCAGACGCAAUUCAAGAUCCGUGAAAUCAACAAUUCUUCAUUUCCAGCAGUUGAGGAACUUGGUUUGGGCAACAUCAAAGCAUGAUGUUUACCUUAUGUCACAUUAUAAAGUCAUUCGUUGGUCUUCAUUAACUUGUACCAAGUCUGAAGUUCUCAAUGUUUCGGGGCAUGUGGCACCAUGCGAGAAACAUCCUGGAAGUCUGUUAGAAGGUUUUUCAAAUACCCAAGUUAGCACACUAGCAGUGAAAGAUAGGCUGUUAGUUCUUGGAGGAUUUCAAGGAGAACUUAUAUGCAAGAAUCUAGAUAGACCAGGAGUUUUCUUCUGUUCCAGGACAACUGACGAUGAUAAUGCAGUCACUAAUUCUAUCGAGAUUUACACUGCUCCCAGUGGUGCAGUUCAUUUCUGGGCUUCAAAUAACGACUCUGGAGUUAGAGACUUCGAUAUGGAGAAAUUUCAACUUUCUAAGCAUUUCUGUUUUCCUUGGCCAGUGAAUCAUACUUCCCUAAGUCCUGAUGGUAAGCUUCUUGUAGUGGUCGGAGAUAACAGAGAUGGUUUAUUGGUGGACUCCGGAACUGGAAAGACUGUCAUGCCCUUGAUCGGGCACUUGGAUUUCUCAUUUGCAUCAGCAUGGCACCCUGAUGGGCUUACUUUUGCUACCGGGAACCAGGACAAAACCUGCCGAAUUUGGGAUGUCCGUAACCUAUCCAAGUCUGUUGCUACUCUGAAAGGUAACAUUGGAGCCAUCCGGUCAAUCCGAUACACAUCUGAUGGUCAGUUUCUGGCAAUGGCAGAGCCUGCAGAUUUCGUGCACGUGUAUGAUGCUAAAAAUGGGUACGAAAAGGAGCAGGAAAUCGAUUUCUUUGGCGAGAUAUCUGGCAUUUCUUUCAGUCCCGAUACAGAGUCCCUUUUCAUCGGAGUUUGGGAUCGUACAUAUGCCAGCCUCCUCGAGUAUGGCCGAUGCUGGAACAACUCAUUCCCUGAUACUGUUGUCUGAGUGAGAUCUGUACUCUACAAAUAAAUAUGUAGGUGAAAGUGUACUUUGUUUGUGCAAUGUAGCUCAUUGUUGUUGUUAUUUAUAGUAGUGCAAUGGGGGAGUGAUAAUAGAAUUUUGUAUGGAGUGGAUGUACAGAAGGCUUGGAAGCAUUGUUCCUGCAAAAAAAAGCUAGAACUAGGGAUUCUCAAUGUACCGGACAUGCUUGCGGCUUCAAUGGCAUUUUGUCAUCUGUGUGUAUUCAAGAACCCUAAUUUCUUUCGAGAACUUUUGAAUGGCAUUUAUCCUGCUUUAUCUA